UAUGCAUAUAAAGAAUUUUUCAUCGAUUUUUUAUAAUAGCUCCAUUGGUUAAUUGACUUAACAAGGAAGUAAAUAGUGUAACAUUCAUAUUAAGUACAGUACCAAACAGUCAAGAGGUGCAACGACAAGCAAAUCAAAUCCAACUCAACAGAAAAUGAAACGUUUACCAUCCGGUUUAUAAGCAAACCAUAGAUGAAAUUUAAAAGGAUAUAGGUGCAAGAAAAGACAGACAAAAUAGAAGAAAUGACAAUACAUCUUCUUACAUUCAUGAUUUGAUUACUCAGCAGAAACUGUAAAUAUGAGGUAUAACAUCCAUCUAUAGAGUAUGGUUUACAUACUGUAUGUGCCUACUUGUGUGGUAGGAUUCGUCAUUGAAGCUGUACCUGGACAGAAUGUAUCUCUGCCAUGUACGGUUGACCAGGUGAAUGACCAACAGACUGUUAGGUGGUAUGGUCACAAUGAUUACAUCAGUUCUGGAAAAAUGUUCAAUAGUGAUGCAUUUGGUACUUUGAAGAAAUUUUAUGCUUUACCUGGUGCAAGUGAUGACUACAGUCUGUUCAUUAUGAUACCUGAUGACAUCAUGAUCUGGUCAUAUCUUACAACAACAUAUGAAUGCAGGUUAGUGUCAAACACUGAUGAUGAUGUUGUCCAGGAAUUACAAACUUAUGAACUGCAAAUCUACCAGCCUGAAUGUACAAUCAUCCAAAUUAAUGGUAGCACAUCAGUUGCUUCAUGCUCCUAUCAAAAUAUUCAACAGUUCCAAGCAACAUGGUUUGUUAAAGAUGUCAGUGUUGAAGGCAUAAGAAAUUGCACAUCUGAUAUAUGUACAUUGAAUUACGCAUACACAUCAAGAAAGGUCAAUCCACAGGAUCUUGUGUGUAAUGUCAUAAACACUGUGACUAUGAGAAAAUCUAAAUGUUCUAUAAAGGAGACACAUAUCCCAACAUUACUACCAAAAACUGAAGCAUCGAUGACAGCACUAACUUCAACAACCAUACAAGUACAACCACAUUCUACACUGAAUAUUCUGAAAGAAGACACUACUACAGACAUACCCGAUUCUGAUUCAAACCAGAAACAAGGAUUCAUAACCAUGGUGCAGUUUACCAUAGCAACUGCAUGUACUUCUACUAUGAUCUUUGUUUUAUUUAUUAACGAGUUUUACUGAUGCUACAAGAAAAGAGAGAACAAUACAAAUAAACAGUCUACAAUGUUGCUGCAAACAAUGGAUGUUAGCAAUCAACUAUCUGGUGGAACUGGCUUUUCAUAUGGAAACAAUGUUCAACAACAGUCUAGAACUGUUAUUUCUCCUUCUAUCAAUUUACAAAAUGUUCAAAACCAACUGUAUCAGGAAAGAAAUACAGCAAUGCAAACAUUUCAACAAACAGAAGACAACAGUGCCCUCUACCAUAAAGUUGGUGAGGUUGCAGAUGCAACAUACCAGAGGGACUCAAUUGUGAAUGAUGUCAAUUAUAUCACCUAUGAUCAGGACAAUGGUGGCUACCUGGAAGUGACGGCCUGAGUUACGAAGGCAAGAAUGAACUACCACAUCACACUUUUUGUGUGGUAGAAACCAUUUGCUGAACUUGGUGGCUGGUGGUAGCCACUGUGUGCACUGAUGCCUCCAUGCCCGGUUCUAUCCCAUCCGAUUGCAUCUCAUCGAUUUAAUUCAAAAAAGAACAUUUCUUCAAAAAAACUUUAAAUCAUAAUCUCUGACAGUCACAGCUCAUUAAAUCUAUAAUUCUUUUUAAAUCAACUGUGAACAAUCUGUCAAAAGAUCAGUGAAGGGUACUGUAAGAGCAAAAAUGUAAAUAACACAAACUACUAUGCAAACAAGUCUAUGCAGUUAUAUCUGAACAAAUCUCUUAUUAAAUAUUGAUAGGUCCUUAUGUUAGUAGAAACAUUUUUAUAUAAUAUUGUUGUUGUGUAGUUGUAAGUGUUAAGCAUUUGUAUUUUAUUUUAAAUGUCUCUGAUGAUGAAAUAAAUGAGAUACAAUUAAUUAACUGAAAUUUGAAAUUGUAAAUAUUUAAUUCUGAAAGGAACUUUGAAUAUAGAUUUUAUACUGAGAAUGCAUUUUUUUUUUGCCAAUGAAAUGAAAGUUGAUUGUUCUGUAUGCUUAUAACAAAUCACCACCUCUGGCAAAUUAGUUAAUGUCAACAAGUUUGUAAAAAAAAAUAGUUAAACCAGUUGACCUAAGGCAUGACCUUUUGUUAUAGCUUUUUUUUAAAAGAAAAUCUUAAGACCAGGGCAGAAAAAAUGUAAAAAUAAUAUCUGGGUGGUGGGAAAAAAAUUAUUUGUUGAAUGAAAAAAAAAAUGUGCUUGAAAUAAAAGUGAUUAAGUGUAGCAAUUGGCACUUGUUCGAGAUCCCAUCAUGUUGUUGUUUAAAGAAUGCCAUGUGGUGAUGUAAUCAGUUCAAUAACUAGACUGGUAUGCUUAUAUUUAUUUAAUUCUAGAGAAAAAAUAUUUUUAUCAUGAUAUAUAUAGUGGCGCUAGGUAGGAGAAAAAUAAAUAAAAUCAAGCUCUCUAGGAAAAGAAAGCUCCACAGAUUGUCUUCUAUGGUGGUGGAAUUAUAUUAAUAAUAAAUGCAUGUAAUUGAACACCUUAAAUGAGAAGAACUUUCUUUCGUUAUCAAGGACGAAUUGCUCCUCUCACCCAUCUUACACGCCAUGCUUCAGUAAGUUCUUCCUGGUUUGAUCAAAACUUUCAAAACUAUUUUAAACUGGAUAAAAAAAAGUCCCUCAACCACAUAGAUCACUUUGCAUUGUGUAUAUCAAGUCAACUAUUUGGCAUAUGAUUAUCAUUGAACCUUACAAACUGAUAUCCAUUGAAACAUAAUAAGGCAAAUUGCACAAAUUAAAAGUAUUUUUCAUGGACUUUAGCUUCCAUCAAAGAUCCAACAAGAAA